AUGGACGCCGGUGAAACAAGUAGCAAGGGACCAUCCAUGAACGCCGACGACUAUGUAUUCGCGGAGGCAGCAAUUCAUGAGGAAGACCAAAUUGCAGCGGAUGAGGGAACUGAGCCCGAUCACGGAAUAUAUCUUGGAAUAACAGAAGAAACCAUCCCAGAAUGUGAGCAGUCAUUAAAGCCUUACAGGGGUCAACAUUUUGAGAACGUAGAGCAAGCUGUUGAGUUUUACAAAAAGUACGCACAAGAGAUAAAUCGAAAGCUUGAUAUUGGACAUAAAGUAUUCAUAGCAAACUGUGGAAAAAUAAACAUAGGAGCAACAACAGCAUUCAAGAUAUUCAAUGAGAUGGGGGGAGGUGCAAAUAUGGGGCUUACAUGCGUAGAGUUCAGAAAUUGCAAGCGAGACGUAAAUGCAAAGUUUGAUGAAGCAGAUGCACAAGCAGUGAUAGACAAGUACGCAAAGAAGCAAGCGUUGUAUCCAAGUUUCACAUUUGAGUACGAUGUCGACGAGGAAAACCAGCUACGCAGGGUGUUCUGGGCAGACCAAACGGCUAAAACACAAUACAACUGCUUCGGAGAUAUGGUGUCAAUCGAUGCAACGUACCGAACCAACAGGUACAAACUGGUAUUUGUGCCAUUCACCGGGAUAGACAACCACAAGAAGCGCGUAACUUUUGCGGCAGGCCUUAUAGCAAAGGAAGACAUCGCAUCUUACGUGUGGCUCCUAGAUGCAUUUAAACGAUGUAUGGUUGGUGGGAAAUUAGCAAAAGACGAAAAGUUCAGAAAGGAAUUAAAUGCAAUCGUCUGGGACAAAACCUUGGGAUGUGAGGAGUAUGAAAUACAGUGGAACACAUUAAUGACAGAAUACAGCCUCGAAGAGCACAAGUGGUUCAAACAAAUGUACGAGAUCAGAUCAAGUUGGAUAGAGGCGUACUACAAUGACGUGUUCAUGGGAGGGCUAAUGCGAACUACAUCCAGAUCAGAGUCAGAAAAUGGACUAUUUGGGGACUGCAUCAACACACAUGGAACAUUGUUAGAAUUCUUCACCUAG